UCGAAAAAAUCCCUCUUCUCCCUGGAUAUACAGGAUGUGCGCUGUGAAGUAUGCAAUGAUUGGGUGCUGCAACAUAAAUGUCAUGUUGAGAUGGUGGACAAUAAUACCUAUGCCUUUAGUUUUCUAAUUGCAUUGAAUCGUGAAUUACCCCCGAAUACAUAUGUUCGUAUUUUGGUUGAUGUUCGACCCCUAGGUGGUCAAAAAGUUGUACAUUUCUUAAAUAUGGAACUAAAGGUAUGCGAUGCCUUGGAAAAUUUAAAAACAAAUCCGCUGGUAAUGGUAUUUUUGCGAAAAAUGAUACAUCACAGCAAUUUGCCAUUGGCGUGUCCCAUAAGGAAGAAUGUCCUCUAUAACAUUUCGGAUUUGAGCGUAAAUGAAGAAUUAAUACCAAGCUAUGCUCCAAGUACCGAUUUUAAUGUCACCUUGGCAUUUUAUCAGCUAGGAAAAUAUCUUGGCAAUGUGGUGUGUCAAGGCAUAAUUAAGCGCUUGAAAUAA